AGUUAGCUAACAGCACCAAACAAGCAUGUCAGACCCGUUCUAAUUAUACCAAAGUGAUCCGACCUGAUUGUUGUCUGGCGCUGAACCUAGUGGGAAAUAACACUAUCUGAAACUAAUGAGAAGGACGACUGUAUUUUAAUAAGGUGUGUGCUUCUGCGUGCCACCAGCAGAGAUGAGUUACGCCAUGCAGCUGUUGAUUCACCGUGGGGAUUUCUGUCAUGGCCGCAGGCUGCUCCCCCAGGCCCUCCGGUCCCUUCUCCGCACGCUGAGUUCUGGUCCCCGUGUGAGCCGCAGCCUUCGGGAGAGCUACCAGCUGCUACAGCUUGAGCUUCCGGAUGAAGGCGAGAGUAGCCCUGCACAGGUGAAAGAAGCCUACCUACGCAUGGCCAAGCUGUACCAUCCAGACUCGGGCGCUGCUACGGUAGACGAGGCGCUGUUUGCGCGGAUAGAGGAGGCAUACCGCGCCGUGCUGGCGCACCAGUCCCGGCUUCAGAGCUGUGGGGGUUCGAUGGAAGAGGAGGAGGAGAAGGUGAAAGGCGUGGCUCCUCAGCACCGCCACUACCUGAGCUACGAGGGCGUGGGCUCUGGGACGCCUAGCCAACGCGAGCGCCAAUACCGGCAAUUCCGAGUGGAUCGGGCGGUGGAGCAGGUCCUCGACUACCGCCAGAAGGAGCAUGAGACGGCGGCUGCAGCCGAAGGGGCGCUGGUGGAGAGGGACGUCCGCCAGCGCAGCCGGCAGAUCAAGGUCACGCAGGCAGUGGAGAGGCUGGUGGAAGAUCUCAUUCAGGAAUCCAUGUCCCGGGGAGACUUCCGCAACCUGAGUGGCGCCGGGAAGCCCAUCAACAAGUUUGAGCACAACCCGUAUGCCGACCCCAUGACCCACAACCUCAACCGCAUCCUCAUCGACAACGGCUACCAGCCACCCUGGAUCGUCACGCAACGCGACAUCAGAGAGGACAUCGCGCAGAUCCGAGAGCGACUGCUACAGGGCCGGGCGCGGCUCGCCGACCCCAUGAACCCCAGGGAGCAUGCUCAGUGGCAGCAGCUGUGUGGGGUGGUGGCGGAUGACCUUAUGAAGCUCAAUAAAACGGUGGAUAACUUCAACCUGAUUGCGCCCAUGCUUAGCAUGCAAAUGGUCCACUUCAGUUUGGAGCGUGAGAUCGACCGCGCAGAGAAAGCAGCCAUUCAAGGCAGACAGGAGAGGAAGAGGGAAAGAGUGAGGGAGUGGGAGGAGCAGAGAAGAGAAAGAGAAAGGGAGCGGGAGAAGAGAGAUACGAUUAAAACACAACACUCCUGGCAAGGCGGCCUGCUGGCAUGGAUGCAGAAUUUACUAAAAUGAGCAAUGGACCUUGAAGGCAAAAUGAGAUUUAAAAAAAGGAUAUUUCAAAUCAAAAUUUUAUUUAUAAUCCAUUUACACAGGUGUCAACACACUUCGAGAGGAUAAGACAGAGGUGUUGAAUCAUUUGUCUUUUAUACGAAAGGGUUGAUUACAGUAGCAUGUUAUAACACACAGAAUAAUAGAACAAGCCACUACUACAACAGGGUUACUUGACCUUACUGUAACUCAACUGUGCUUUACAAUAAUGCUACACAGUGUCAGGACCUCAGGACACAUUUACAUUUUAGUCAUUUAGCAGAUGCUCUUAUCCAGAGCGACUUACAGUAGUGAAUGCAUACACUUCAUUUCAUGCAUUUUUUUUUUGUACUGGCCCCCCGUGGGAAUCGAACCCACAACCCUGGCGUUGCACACACCAUGCUGGCGUUGCAAACACCAUGCUCUACCAACUGAACCACAGGGAAGGCACAGUGGUAAUGGUAUCGGACUACAAUAAUCCAUCUAAUGAAAUAGUUUUUAUCUACAUUUAUAAGCUAAGCGAUUCUAAUUACAUUGAUUUGUUUCUUUGCUGAAUGAAGGAAUGAAAGCAUAGAAUACUCAAUGUUCGUCAUGAAUGAGCAGUUGACUGAAACUGCUCUGAACUCAAAUACGGGCAAACAGAAACCUCUGAAGAUUUUUUCGCACAAUUCCAGUCAGAUGAAAAUCUCUUUAAAUAGGAAGUAAGCUUGCUAAGCUACUAUGAGUGGAAGUGUGCGGUGACUUUUUCCAGUUUUGCAUUUUGCCUCCCGCAACUUCACUAAUCGAUUAUGGGUGUGCGGUAGAUUCUGCCUAUGAUUGCAUUACAAUAAAAUAGGUACUGUAACUCAA